AUGUCAGGUUACGGCUAUCCAGGAGGGUAUGGUCCGCCGCAGCAACAACAAUAUCACGGCGGGAACUACUACCAACAACCUCCACCUCAACCAUAUAACGGAUAUCCUCCUCCUCAAGGAGUAUCGCCAGCUCCCUACGGCUACGGCCAACAUACACCACAGCCUUACGCAUAUAACCAGGGUCCGCCCCCGCAACAACCACCACAACAACAUGGCGGCUACGGCCAACCUCCGAGUCAAUAUGGCAGACCUGGGAUACCCACGAUAAACUCGAAUUCCUACAACCAUGGCAACUUUGGUGCCCCUCCUCCUCCCCCGUCCGGACCGCAACAUUUCGGCCAAGGCGCGCCUCAAGGAUACGCCUUUCAGUAUAGUAACUGUACGGGUCGAAGAAAGGCACUUCUCGUUGGUAUAAAUUAUUUUGGCCAACGCGGCCAGCUUCGAGGAUGUAUCAAUGAUGUAAGAAACAUGUCGGCCUACCUUGUUGAGCAUUUCGGUUACAAGCGCGAGGAUAUGGUUAUCCUCACCGACGAUCAGCAAAACCCGAUGAGUCAACCUACGAAACAAAACAUUCUACGAGCUAUGCAUUGGUUAGUGAAGGAUGCGAGACCCAACGAUUCGCUGUUCUUCCAUUAUUCGGGACAUGGCGGUCAAACCAAAGAUUUAGAUGGAGACGAACCCGAUGGUUAUGAUGAAGUCAUAUACCCUGUUGAUUUCCGCCAUACAGGCCAUAUUACUGACGACGAGAUGCAUCGCAUUAUGGUGAAACCGUUGCAAAGCGGAGUACGAUUGACGGCUAUCUUCGAUUCGUGUCAUUCUGGUACUGCCCUCGACCUUCCUUACAUCUACUCAACCCAAGGUAUCCUCAAGGAGCCCAACUUGGCCAAGGAGGCCGGCCAGGGUCUUUUGGGUGUUAUCUCUUCUUACAGCCAAGGCGAUUUAGGCGGCGUUGCGAACAAUAUCAUGGGCUUCUUCAAGAAAGCUACAAGCGGCGAGGAUGCGCAUCACAGAGCCAUGGCUACCAAGACGUCAGCCGCGGAUGUUAUUAUGCUUUCCGGAAGCAAAGACGAUCAGACUUCGGCCGACGCGACUAUUGCUUCUCAAGCCACCGGUGCCAUGUCAUGGGCUUUUAUCACCGCACUCAAAAAGAACCCGCAACAAAGUUAUGUACAACUACUCAACAGCAUCCGGGACGAAUUGGCCACGCGAUACACCCAAAAACCUCAACUUUCAUGCAGUCAUCCCCUAAGUAGGUCUCCAGCUCCGCUCUCGUUUCCCGAGCGCUGA